AUGGGAAAAGCGGGAGGAAGAUCAGGUGGGAAGUCUGGGGGUUGCAGGUCUCACCUUUCUCUGACCUCUCUGUUGUCUUACUCUUUUACAGGUCCAUGGGGUCGCUGUAUGGGGAGUGAGUGUGGACCUGGUGGCAGCCAGAGCAGGGCUGUAUGGUGUGCCCAUUCUGAAGGCUGGACAACUUUGCACACCAACUGCAAUCAGACGGAACGGCCGGACAACCAGCAGAGCUGCUUCAGAGUGUGCGAUUGGCACAAAGAUCUGUACGACUGGCAGCUAGGUGCCUGGAAUCAAUGUGUCCCCAUUUCAAUGCGCAGUGCUGGAAUGCAGCGUCCUGCCAUUUGUACCAGGGGCGAGGAGGGCAUCCAGACCCGUGAAGUGGGCUGUGUCCAGAAAGCAAAUGGCGAGCCAGCAGAAGAUGCAAUCUGUGAAUACUUUGAGCCUAAACCACGUCUCGAGCAGGCCUGUCUUAUCCCCUGUCCACGAGACUGUGUGGUGUCUGAGUUCAGUAUGUGGACUCCCUGUUCUAAAACUUGUGGGUUGGGUUUACAGAACCGUAUCCGGUUCGUUCUGGCUCCUCCACUGUUUGGUGGGGCGGCCUGCCCAAACCUGACUGAGUUUCAGACAUGCCAGCUAAGGCUAUGUGAGGGAGAAGAGAGCCUCUACAGUCUCAGGGUGGGACCCUGGGGGCCCUGCUUUAUCCCAAUGCCCAGGCAAGCCAGGCAAGCUGAAAAACCUACCAGAGAGAGUGACAAACCCUCCAAGGAAAGUGAUAAAUUUUCAAAAGAGGGUGACAAACAGCGCAGAGAGGUUGACAAGACAUCCAAAGGGAGUGACAAACCAACCACAGAGGGUCUCAAACAGUCCGGUGAGGGCGACAAACAGUCAAAAGGAGGGGACAAACAGACCAGAGAGGGUGACAAACAGCACAAAGAAGGAGACAAAAGGUCCAAAGGGGCUGAUAAACCACCCAGAUCUAACAGAAAAUUGAGCAGGGCACACAGGAAACCAGACAGGCCAUCCCGACAGGCAGAUGGGCCCAAGCGACAGAAAAAGGCCAAAAACAAAGAGAAAAGAGAGAAAAUGAGAGAGAAAGUUCGAGAGAGGUUAAGAGAGAGGGGUAAAGUGAAGGAUCCUGAGACCAGAGAACUUAUCAAGAAGAAGAGAAACAGAAACCGUCAGAACCGUCUGGGAGGAAAGUUCUGGGAUCUGCAGGUCGGCUACCAAACCAGAGAAGUGACCUGUGUACAUAAGAAUGGGAAUAUCGAGGCUCUCAGCCUGUGCUCUCAGGAGUUGUUACCAGUGACAUUCCAGGCCUGCGUCAUGACCAAAGACUGCGACGUGACUGAAUGGUCUGAAUGGUCAGCUUGUUCCAAGGAGUGUUAUGACCCCAAUGGGCCCAAGGGACAGCGCACCCGCACCAGAAAAGUGAGCCAGUUUCCAAUUGGUGGAGGAGCAGAUUGUCCAGAGCUGGAGGAGAAAGAGCCCUGCAGUCCCCAGGGAGACAGAGUGCCACCUUGCAUUGUUUAUAGCUGGAAGACUACAGAGUGGACAGAGUGCAGGGUGGAUGUGCUGCUGAGCCAACAGGACCGUCGGCGUGGAAACCAGACAGGGUUGUGUGGGGGCGGGAUUCAGACCCGAGAGGUCUACUGUGUCCAGACCAGCAGUGAUACACCACCCAACCUGGGCUCACUCAGAAGUAAAGAAGCACUGAGGCCAGUGGACAGUGAUCUGUGUCUUGGUAUCCCUCCAAACACCACCCAGCUCUGCCAUAUCAGCUGUCCUGUUGAAUGUGAGGUGUCGUCAUGGAGCGCCUGGGGACCCUGCACCUAUGAAAACUGCCAGGACCAGUCAGCCAAAAAAGGUUUCAAGCUGAGGAAGAGGAAGAUCGUCAAUGAACCAACUGGUGGGACAGGGAACUGCCCCCACCUGGUUGAGGCAAUACCAUGUGAAGACCCCAGCUGCUACAACUGGCUGGUGGUUAAACUGGAGGAGUGCAUCCCUGAUAAUGAGAAGGAGUGUGGACCAGGAACCCAGAUCCCACAAGUACAGUGUGUCAACAGUGAUGGUGAAUAUGUGGAGAGGCAGCUCUGCCGUGAUGCCAUCCUGCCCAUGCCUGCCAUCUGUGAGGUGCCUUGCCCGAAGGACUGUGCCCUGAGUCCCUGGACCCCCUGGUCUCUGUGCUCCCACACGUGCUCUGGAAAAAACACAGAGGGCAAGCAGACCAGAGCGCGCUCCAUCCUUGCUUAUAAUGCAGGGGAAGGUGGAAUCCAGUGUCCCAACAUCAGCGCCCUGCAAGAGGUGAGGAACUGCAAUGACCACCCCUGCACUGUGUACCACUGGCAGACGGGCUCUUGGGGGCAAUGCAUAGAGGACUCUUCCAUCCCGGCCACCAACACAUCUGUGGGCCGAACACGUGGUGAUGAUGCCUCUUGCUCAGUGGGGAUGCAAACCCGCAAGGUUAUCUGUGUCCGGGUCAAUGUGGGCCAGGUUCCUCCAAAAAAGUGUCCGGAGAGUCUGCGCCCAGACACCGUCAGGCCCUGCUUACUGCCAUGCAAGAGAGACUGUAUUGUCAGCCCAUACAGCGACUGGAGCCCCUGUAAAUCAACAUGUCAAGCAGGUGGUAACACCAAAAAGAAGCAGUACAGGAAACGCAUUGUCAUCCAAUCACCAGCCAAUGGGGGACAAGACUGUCCUGAAGUGCUGACCCAGGAGAGAGAGUGUGAGGCUCCAUCUGUCUGUCAAGGCUACAGAUGGAAAACCCACAAGUGGCGCCGUUGCCAGCUGGUUCCGUGGUCAAUUCGUCAGGACAGUCCUGGAGCUCAGGAGACUUGUGGGCCAGGCAUGCAGGUUCGGGCUGUUUCAUGCCGGAAACAGGAUGGUGGACAAGCAGACGUUGAAGCUUGUCUUAAGUUUGCCAGCUCUAUGCCGCCUCUCACGCAGCCUUGCCAGCUGCCCUGCCAGGAAGACUGUCAACUCAGCAGCUGGUCCAAGUUCUCUCCAUGUACAGCCGAUUGUGUGGGCGUCAGGACCCGCAAAAGGAUGCUCGUUGGGAAGAGCAAAAAGCGGGAUCAGUGUAAAAACCACCAGAUGUAUCCUUUGAGCGAGACCCAGUACUGCCCAUGUAACAAAUACAAUGCCCAACCUGUGGGAAAUUGGUCGGACUGUGUCCUACCUGAGGGUGGCCGCAUGGAGGGUCAACUGGGCAUGAAGGUCCAAGGUGACAUCAAGGAAUGUGGCCAAGGAUAUCGUUACCAGGCCAUGGUGUGCUAUGACCAGGACAACCGCAUAGUGGAGACCUCUCGCUGUAACAGCCAUGGGUACAUUGAGGAGGCUUGCAUUAUCCCCUGUCCGUCUGACUGCAAACUGAGUGAGUGGUCCAACUGGUCACGCUGCAGCAAGUCCUGUGGUAGUGGGGUCAAGGUUCGCUCUAAGUGGCUAAGAGAAAAGCCCUACAAUGGUGGGAGACCAUGUCCCAAACUGGACCAUGUCAACCAGGCUCAGGUGUAUGAGGUGGUGCCUUGCCUGAGUGACUGUGGGCAGUAUAUCUGGAUGGCAGAGCCCUGGAGUGUGUGGAAGGUCAGCAAUGUGGACCUGAAGGAUAACUGUGGUGAAGGUGUUCAGACCAGGAAAGUCAGAUGCAUGCUGAACACCAUAGACGGACCCUCUGAGCAGGUGGAGGACUACCUGUGUGAUCCAGAGGAGAUGCCUCUGGGGGCCCGAAACAGCCAGCUGCCCUGCCCUGAGGACUGUGUGCUGUCAGACUGGGGAGCCUGGAGCCCAUGUCAACUGCCAUGCAGUGGGAACAGCACUCGGGAGAGGGGCGCUUACCCACUCCGCCAGCCCGGACAGGAGAAGGCGUGUCCUCCGACUAAAGAGACAGAGCCCUGCAAACUCAACAGCAACUGCUUCCACUACUCCUACAACAUCACUGAUUGGAGCACCUGUCAGCUCAGCGAAAGAGCAGUGUGUGGAAACGGUAUCAAAACCCGCAUGCUGGACUGUGUGCGUAGCGAUGGAAAAUCUGUUGACCUUAAGUUCUGCAAAGAGCUGGGCCUAGAGAGGAAGUGGCAGAUGAAUGCGUCCUGUGUUGUGGAAUGUCCUGUCAACUGCCAGCUGUCUGAUUGGUCACCGUGGUCUGAGUGCACCCACACCUGUGGGCUGGCAGGCAAGCUGUGGAGGAGACGGACAGUGAUCCAGGCUCCCCAGGGUGACGGGAGGCCUUGUCCGUCCCAAAUGGAGCAGUGGAAGCCCUGCCUAGUGAAGCCUUGCUAUAGCUGGAGAUACAGCACCUGGUCUGAGUGCAAGUCUGAGGGGGCGAGAUGUGGAGAAGGCCUGCGCUUCAGGAAUGUGUCAUGCUUUGUGUCGGACGGUUCAGGUCAGCAGGACAGCAGCCUGGUGGAUGAUGAGCUAUGUGGAGAUCUGGAGCCCUCAGUGGACGGAGAUACACACAUCAUUCUGCAGGAACCCUGUACUGUACCUUGUCCUGGCGAGUGCUACCUGACAGAUUGGACUGUUUGGAGUCCAUGCCAGCUAAGCUGUGUGAGCGGGGAUGACUUGGGUUUCGGCUCAGUCCAGGUCCGAUCCCGGGCCGUGGUGGCCCAGGAUCCAGAGAACCUGUUGCAGUGUCCAGAACAGGAGCUGGAGGCUCGGCCAUGUACAGAGGGCCGGUGUUUUGAAUACAAGUGGAGGACUGGAACAUGGAAGGGUUCAUCUCGCCAAGUCUGGUGUCAGCGCUCAGAUGGACUAAAUACCACAGGCGGAUGCCCAGUGACAGCCAAGCCGAUUGCUGACCGAUCUUGUGACCCGCCCUGCACCAAGCCACGCUCCCUGUGCACGGAGGCGGGAGUGUGUGGCUGUGAGGAGGGCUACACUGAAGUGAUGACAUCAGACGGCCUGCUGGACCAGUGUACAGUCAUACCAGUGCUGGAGAUCCCCACUGCAGGUGACAACAAGGCGGAUGUCAAGACCAUCCGAGCCUUCAACCCAAUCCAGCCUGAAGCCAGCACGCCAGGCAGGGCAGGACGCACCUGGUUCCUGCAGCCCUUCGGACCAGAUGGGAAGCUGAAGACCUGGGUAUAUGGAGUAGCAGCAGGAGCAUUUGUUCUGCUCGUCUUUAUAAUCUCCAUGACAUACUUAGCAUGCAAAAAGCCAAAGAGGCCGCAGCGACGGCAGAUGAACAACAGACUGAAGCCGCUGACUUUGGCCUACGACGGAGAUGCUGACAUGUAGAAACUUCCUGCCGACCACACUGACCUACAGACAUUUGUCCUACUGCAGGACACGUCGGGUUUCCGUUGAAACCCCUUGAUGUCAGGGCUGCCGCUGGGCAUUGUUCAACCUACAGGUGGACACCCUGGGAAGAUGAUUCUGACAGAAAGAGAAACCUCAAGGAUCAAGACACUGAAUCCAUGUCAUUAGCAGCCUUGAUGUUCCCGUUGUUUGUUUAAUUUCUGUUUCGAUACUUUGUUUCACAAAAGCCUUCAUGAAUUCUUCAUCUUCUGCUGGAAGUCUGCCUUUGCUUCUUUGCCAUCUACUACUGCCGAUAACAUCCAAAUGAUGAAGCGGUCAUUGAAGUGGAUUAUCCCAAAACAAAGAUUUUGCUCUGAAAGCACAAAUCUUCAUAGAUCUUUUUGAUAAUUUUGUCAUGGCCGGCUGGGAUCAUCUCUUUAGGACAUCAAGAACAUUCAAAUUUUUUCUGUGUUAUUGUGGCCUAUGUCCAUCCUACGAGAAAAGAUAAAACCAGAGAGCAAAGGGUCAAUUCCCAGUGCCACCAUCACUUUUGCCUGCCUCUCCCUUCUAUUUUUCAGGCAUAAUUUUGCACUAUAUUAGUGCAGCAUGAUAUGUACUUAUGUCUAGCUUUUGCCAUAGGAAACUGCCUCUCAAUACAAGAUGGUGUACAGUCUUGUGCUAGAAAUGUAAAAAAAAGUAGACUUUUUUUGCAAACAGAACUCACCAAUGUUUGUUAAUAUUUUUUCUUCUAUUACCUCUUAUGUUAUGUUACAUCUUAUGAUAUGAUGGGACGUAAUGUAAAUAGGAUUUUUUUUUCUGUGAUCUCAACUUUACCUUUCUAGUAUGUACAGCUACAUGUUCCAAACAUGUUCAUUUACAAUUUUUUGACUGUGAUUUAUUUCUUUUGCAAAUUAAUGAUAUGCAUUACCAUCAUCUACUCAGACUGUACGAGAAAGAAACCCCUUCUUAUAUGAAACCCCUUUAAGUUUGAUAAGAAGAAAAGGGAAACAAAACCAGAAGAUGGAUGAUAAUUUAAUCUUGGGUUUAAAUGUACAAAAAUUCUGUGACAUUUGAGUCUGCAGAUUAAUCUUUGAGGCUAUUUAAAAUAAGGAGUUCAGAGUAUGAGAGAAAUAUCCAAAUAUGAAAAGUGUGAAGAGACUGGUGUCGUAGUCAUUUGGUCUUUUGUGUGUCUUUGUAGACGAUGAAUAGGGAUUGGUCGCAAACUCAACAAGUGACAGAAGGAGUUGUAUGAAGAACAAAAAAAAGAGCUAAGAAAGCAGUUCGAACAUCCACACACUGGGCCAGUGGCUGGAUAAAGUGGGAGAGCUUGUGACUUUCAGAAAAUUCCAGAAACAGUGGGCCAUAGCCUCCCCGAUUCAGACAUCACAAAGAGAUUUUCAGACCCAAUCUGACAAGCACUAAGCCUGAAGCAUACUAAGGCCUUCAAGGCGCAUGUCAGAACUGCUGAUCACGUGACCUAACACCUUCAUGUUUCCGAUGCUGGACUGAGUGAGGCACAUUUCCUGUCCAGUUCAGUAAAUUUCCAAAACAACCUUUAAGACAAUGAUGUAGACUUUACACAGUCAUUGUUCAGUUAUGUGAAGCUGAGAAAGGAGAAAAGGUUUAAGCUUCUCUCCUGUCUUUAAAAGGAAGGAAUAAAAAGUUUCUUCCUUCUUUACAUAACCAUAGCUGUCAUUUUUCAGUUGUACAAUAAAGCACACUAUGAAUGUCUUCCACGAGAGACUUUGAAAAUGUGUGCUGUUGUCCCUAGAAUUCUCAGCUUCCUCCUAUCCACAGUGCUCAGCUUUUCAUUCGCCUUCGAGUGUGGCUGUUUUAAAGCUGUUAUACAGACUUUUGAUUUUUGACGUUGUGAGACUACACAUCUUAUGGACUAGUUCUUUUCUAGUAUAACCUGCCGUUUGGAAAGUCUGAUGGACUUGGCUGAGACUUCUGAUCCAAAGGCUCCUCUAAAAAUUUAGCUUUCUUUUUCCUAAAUCUGGUGGACAGAAAAGAUGGACACACUGUUCAUCACAGGUACAGAUAACACAUCUCCCACUGGUGCUUCACUUAUUUGUUGGCCAUCAUUUCUUUAUUGAAAUGUUCCACUUUCAACUUGAGUAUCACAGAUCCCAAUUGUA